GUGUCCAGGUGUAACUCGUCUGACUCUGUGUCCAACAAUAGAACUGACCAGUCGUGUGGAAGAGAUGCGGUCACGCGGCGCAGCAGGGACGUAUUAAGCGUGGCUUCGGGCUCGAGGAGGGGAUGACRGAAGAGUCCGAACAGAACUCGCUGGUCCCCCCCUGCAGAGGUGAGCCGUGAUGUCUGAAGUUGCAGAAGGACUGAUGGAGGAGACAGAGGAGAUGGUGGAGGAGAUAGAGGUUUUAGUGGAGGAGGUGCUGGAAGGAGAAGCUGCACCUAAAGAAGAGUUGCCGUCUGCAGAUGAAGAUGAGUCCAAGCCCAAACCAAAGGCUUUUGCUCCUUCGAUAACCGUUCCAAAGAUGCCUGAGGGAGAAAAAGUUGACUUUGAUGAAGAAAAAGAGAGAAAGGAACAGGAGGAGGCUCGUAGGAAGCACGACGAGGACGCCAAGAAGAAGAAGGUCCUGACAAACAUGACUCAGCAGUACGGCGGCCAGCAGAGGCCAGAUGGAAAGAAAGGCGCGAAGAAGCAAACGGAACGAGAGAAGAAAAGGAAGAUCCUGGCAGAGAGGAAGAAACCUCUCAGCAUCGACCAUCUCAACGAGGAAAAAGUCAAGGAGAAGGCCAACGAGCUCUGGCAGUGGCUGAUGAUGCUGGAGGCUGAGAAGUUUGACCUCACAGAGGAACUUAAGAGGCAGAAGUACGACAUCAAUCUGCUCCAGGCUCGUGUCCACUCCUCCCAAAGCGCUAAGGGAAGAGGCAAGGCUAAAGGCCGGCUGAGAUGAGUUUCAGCUUGUUGAAUCUUCUGCAUUUUCACUGAAAGAAAAGUCGAAGCUUAUUCUUUAUGGAAUAAGAUUGUUUAUGGAGCCACAGUUCACAGUAAACAUAAAUUAAUGUUGACAACAGCAUCAAGAUAUUUAUCUUCUAUGUAUUUUACAGUCUUGUGUGGAAAGUGCACAAAGCUACCUUUAAAUGAGACGCUGGACAACAUCAAUAACUGUAAAUAAAACCUGCCUGUGAACAAUAA